CCAAGGCCAACGCAGCAGGCGGGCGGCGGAGCCGGGAUUAGAACCCAAGCCCGGGGGCCGGGGGUCGCCAGGGAGCCGCGCUGCCGCUCGGAAAGGAGAGGGAGACUCCCCCGCCCCCCCAGGAGCCCUGGCCCCCCGCCACCCCCUCCUGCCCCCUCUGCUCCGGGGCCUGGGGCUCCGCCGCCGCUGGAAGGGGCCGUGGGCGGCCCGGGAGACCCCCCGCUCCGGCGCCAUGGCGACGGGGAGCCCCCCGAGCGAUCCCCCCACCGCCGCCAUCGUCAUCGUGGGCGAUGAGAUCCUGGAGGGCCUGACGCAGGACACCAACAGCUUCUUCAUGUGCCGGACGCUGCGGGGCCUGGGGGUCCGCGUGGGCCGGGUCUCGGUGGUCCCCGACGACGUGGCGGCGGUGGCGGCCGAGGUGGCGGCCCUGGCCCCGCGCUUCACCCACGUGCUGACGGCCGGCGGGGCCGGCCCCGGGCGGGACGACGUGACCCGCGAGGCGGUGGCCCGGGCCUUCGGGGACCCGCUGGUGGCCCACCCGGGCCUGGCAGCCGCCGCGGGGCCGCCGGGCCUCGCACCCGCCUCCGCCCGCCUCCACCCCGGCCCGGCCGGCCGGCCCUUCCGCUUGCCGCUGGUCAGCGUGCGCAACGUCUACCUCUUCCCCGGCCCGCCCCGGCUGCUGCGGCGGGCGCUGGAGGGGCUGGCACCCCUGUUCCGCCCCGCGGGCCCCCCCCGCCACCUGCGCCAGCUCUACGUGGCGGCCGACGAGGCCCAGGUCGCGCCCGCCGUGGCGGCCGCCCGGCGCGGCCUGGCCCCCGGCGUGGCCCUCGCCGCCUACCCGGACCGGAGCAGCAACUACUACCGGGUGCUCCUGGCCCUGGACGGCGAGUCGGAGGCCGCGCUGGAGGAGGCGGACGGGCGCCUGCGGGCCCUGCUGCCCCCGGGCGCCGUGGUGCCCUACGAGCCCGACGCCGUGGAGCGGGCCGGAGAGGCCGUCUACCGCCUGGCGGAGUCCGGGAGCCCGCUGGGGACGAAGGUGGCCGCGUCCCUGCGCAUCGUGGAGGAGGCCUUGGCCCGCCACAGCCCGGCCCAGCUCUGCGUGGGCUUCAACGGCGGCAAGGACUGCACCGCCCUGCUCCACCUGGUCCACGCCGCCUUCCAGAGGAAGCAGCCCGGAGCCUCCGAGCCCCUGCAGGUCCUCUACAUCCGCCUCGUCUCGCCGUUCCCGGAGCUCGAGCAGUUCCUGGAGGACACGGCUCGCAGGUACGGGCUGCGCACGCUGACGGGCUGGGGCCCCAUGAAGGAGGCGCUGGAGGCGGUGAAGCGGCAGCACCCGGGCCUGGAGGCCGUCUUCAUGGGCACCCGGCGGACGGACCCCUCCUCCCGCUCCCUGGCCCCCGUCUGUCCCACCGACCCCGGCUGGCCCCGCUUCACCCGCGUCAACCCCUUGCUGGACUGGACGUACCGGGAGAUCUGGGACUUCCUGCGCCAGCUGUUCGUGCCCUACUGCGUCCUCUACGACAAGGGCUACACGUCCCUGGGCAGCAUGGAGGACACGGAGAGGAAUCCCGCGCUGAGGUGCCCGGGCCCCGGGCCCACCCCCACCUACCGGCCCGCCUACCUACUAGACAACGAAGAGGAGGAGCGCAACUCCCGCACCAAGGCGUCCACCCCACUCCCGGCGGGCACGUCCGCCCAAUAAAGAGCCGUCGCCUUCCUCGCCUCGUUCAUUCCCUCCUAA